AUGCCGAAGCCGAAGGUGUGGGCGGAGGACAUAGAUGAGAUUCUGCGGGUCAUCUCUGAAGAGCAAGCGCAGUUGCUGCAGCUUGCAGAAGAGCAGCAUGCACUGUUCAGCCGAUCCGUGCAAUUCGCAUUUGGUCGGAUGGAGCGAUUGGAUCUCCUAACGCGCGGAGGUUUCGGCCGGCACGGGAUGGCACUGUGUGGUGCAAGUCCAUUGGAUUGUUGUGCCACCAAAGAUGGGAACGAAGACAGCUCGCUUCAGGAGGUGUUCCAGGACGUGCCAGACCACGCAGACAUGCUUCUCGACGGCCAUGACCAAAGCACUGCUUCGCACAAGAUGGAGGCUGUUGCCAGCAUCGCAUCGACUUCCAGGACAAAAUCAAAGAAGUCGAAUCACUCCAAGCCAACAGCGGAGGACCUGCUGGGGCUGGACAACUUCAUUGAUAGAACCAAAGCUUGGACCGAUUUACUUGCUGGAAUGCUGGUGCUUAUCAACUCCUUUGUCAUGCUCGUCGAGUUAGAGGUCGAAGGUCGAGCAGUGGGUGCGCUUAUAGGCAUGGGCGAUGGUCCGAUCCUAGACGACGUCUCUCCACUCUUCAGGACCCUCGAUGCAGUUUUCGUUUUCGUAUUCCUCGCAGAGCUGAUGUUGAGAAUAAUCAUGGAAAGAUGUCGCUUCAUCUAUGAUGUGGCCAACUGGUUUGACACAUUGUUGGUUAUUGCAGGCUUAGUGGACAUGUUCGUGAUUUUGCCCAUGUCAGAGGGCGCUGAAGGGCAGAAUAUUGUUAUGCUGCGCAUGGUCAGGGUUCUCAAAUGUAUUCGUGCUAUUCGCUUGGUUCGCACCUUCCGAUUCUUCCGCGGAUUGCGGGUGCUCGUGAAGGCGUGCUACUGCUUUCUGCCUUCCCUUGGAUGGAGCAUGGUAUUGCUUCUGGUUUUCAUGUGGAUGGGCACAUUGGUGUUGGGCAAUCUGUUGCAAGACUUCAUUACUGACUCUGCGAACAACUUUGAAGACAGAGUCUGGAUUUGGAACCGCUACGGAACAGCCUACCGCGCCAUGUACACACUUUAUGAGAUUACCUUUGCAGGCAAUUGGCCCACCAGCGCAAGGCCCGUCCUUGAGAAGGUGAACCAAGCCUAUGUGAUCUUCUUCCUUAUUUAUAUUACAAUUAUUGUGUUUGCCGCCAUCAGGGUGAUAUCUGCCGUUUUUUUGAAGGACACCCUUGAGGCUGCGCGGAAUGAUGACGAAACUUUGGUUAUUGAGCGCUUGCGGAACAAGCAGAAGUAUGUGCAGAAGCUUCAAGAAGUUUUCCAUGCAAUUGGUGGUUCUGUGGACGGACUGAUUACAGAGGAGCGCUUGGCUUCCAUUCUUGAAAGCCCGAAAGCAUUGGCUUAUUUUCAAACCUUGGAUCUGGACGUCACAGAGACCUCUGCGCUUUUUAGUCUCUUAGAUAAUGGUGAUGGAGAGAUAACGCAAGAAGAAUUUAUUGAUGGAGUUUUGCGAUGCAAGGGCCCAGCACGUGCUAUCGAUCAAGUGGCCUUGCGAGCGGACAUGAAGCAGUUGGAUGCGAAAAUUUCACAGAUCACCCGCGCACUGAAGCUGCCCAACCCGCGCAUUGAAUCUUGA